GAACUAAAAUUUAUGGUGAUAACGACAAACGAAACGAUUGAUUUGAUGACAUUCGGCCAGAAGAAGCAAUUUUGCAAUUCUACUGCGAAUCCAAUCAUUAAUGAACUCCUAGCCAUACUGAUAAACCAACCUCAAUACGAGCUGAUAAUUGACGCUAUACACAACCAGAUUCGGCGCCCCGCGUCUCCUCCUCCACCAUGCCUAUUCUUCCAUCGAUCCGCCCCUCCUUCUCCCGCUCUUUCACACGAACUUUCACCUCCACUACUCGCAUCUUCGCAAAGUCCACAAAACAAAGGCUGGCAGUCGAGCACGCAGAUGUUCCGCCAUAUCCUUACGGCCCUUCCCAAUUCUACAAACAAUCCAAUUUCGGUCUUUACGGCCUCCAGAAGAUUCGUUAUGGAAAUAUAGUUUCAGAGAAGAAUGAAAUCAAGACAAGACGGCAUUGGCGACCCAACGUGCAGAGAAAGCGUCUCUACAGUCCAAGUUUAGGAAGGCAAAUAAAAUUGAGAGUCACUACAAAAGUGCUGAGGACAAUCGACAAAGCGGGAGGACUGGAUGAAUAUCUACUUGGGGAGAAGACGCAGAGAAUAAAGGAACUAGGAAUGGGAGGUUGGAAAUUAAGAUGGAGGAUCAUGCAAACGGAUACUAUCAAGGAGAGAUUUAGGGCACAAAGGGAGAAGAUGGGAUUGCCGCCGAAGGAAGAUGUUCAUUUGGAUGAGAAUGGGUUUGGAAUCACGAAGGAAGAGAUUAUGGAGCAAGUUAGGAAAUACGAUGCGGCUAUGGCAAGGAAUGAGGAGGUUGUUAUAGAUGAAGAGGCGCAAAAAGCUACUGAAUCUGAGAUUGCGGAGGAAGAUUUCAUGGCGGAAGAGCAGUACAAGGAGAGAAAGCCAAUAUUAUAGACAUGAAGGCCAUGUAUGAUCAGGAUGUAUCAGUAUCUGUCAUGUAUAAGUAUAUACCCGAAGCAAAACUAAGAUGCACAGCACCAGAAAACGUCCGAAAUCUUCAUUGUUCAAAUUUUGAUGUUUUAUUCUCA